AAAUAUACAGACAUUGUAGAAUGGAUUCGACUAGAAAUCAGGAUUUGAAAAAAAAAAUUCAAAGAUUUUCAGAAUAUUUUUUCGAGGGAUGAACGGGUGAAUCGUGGGUAGAUGAGCAGAUCAAAUGGUGAAAGGUUUCCUUGUUAAAAAGUACCUUGGAUGGGAAUUUUCGAUUUAUGAGGAGAAGAUAUUCACUUAUUUUCGAUUUAUGAGGAGAAGAUAUUCUCUUAUUUGGAAAGGAUAAACAGAAAAACCCUCAUUUUAUCUCAAAAUCAGAGAAAAACAAGCUAAGGAUCCAUUUCGAUUUUGGGUAAUCUUCAAUUUUUUUGGCGCAAUGUAAAUCAAAAGGAAAAAAAAAAAUGCUGGGCGGGAUUUUGAGAAGGUAUUUUCUCUCUAGAUAUCACAUUACUUUCAAUUUCAUAUGUUAAAUCAUAUAUGCAAAGCCCAAAUUUUAUAAUUAUUUGUUCUCUAGGAUGAUUCUAUCCCUUGGUUAUUCUAACUUCAAGGAUUUUCAGAACUCUAACUGAAAGUUUGUUCUGCGACUUUGAGUUCCCUUUCUAUACUGUUGUUUAAUUGUAUUCCUUUACCCAAGUUAAAAGCUCAAGUAAUCACUGCAAUGCUCAAUUUGCUAUAAGUAUACUCUUUUUUAUGCAUUUAUGUAGGUUAAGUGUUUGAUUAUUUGGGUUCAAUAGCACUUAAAGUUGUUUCAAUCAACUUUCACUAAUCGGUAGGUUAAUUGUUUGAUGAAUUGUUUUAUUGAACCUAAAGUUGCUUUUCCUCAAAUUUUGUUAAAGUUUUUGAUCAAUUUGUAUCUCUGAACAAGCUGCAUUUCUGUACUUUGUUUUGUUUAGUAGUCAGUAAGUUAAUUGUUUGAUCAAGCAAAUAACCGUAAUAUCCAUUAGGCUUAUUUCGCUUUUUGUUAAUAAAAAUUGACCUAAAAGUAUCACUCUUCUAUUUCUCGUUUAGUUUGGUAGUCAAUAAUUGAGUACCGUAAUGCAAUCAAAUUGUCACCGCUUCUCACAUAACUUAGGAUCUUGUAAUCUUUACUUUUUUCCUUCAUGCGUAAGUUAUUUGAAUCUGUUCAGUUGGUGUUGUUAUUUACUCUUGGUAAUACCAUUUCAAUCAAUUAUAUACAUUUUGUAUAAGAUUUACACUAAACAUUAGGCAAUCAAAUUGGUUUGCUUUGUUUGUUUUGUUUGUUAUUCAUUAUCUCAUUUACUCUCUAAUUUUCUGCACCCUGUUCUUCAUGGUUGAGGGCCACUACAUCUAUAUCAAGAACCAGUCAAUGACUGCAAUGGAAGAACAGGUUGAGAAAGAGUUCAAGAGUUUUGGGCCUAUUAAGCGAAGAGGUGUUCAAGUCAGAAGUAACAAAGGAUUCUGCUUUGCCUUUGUCGAAUUUGAACAGUUGAGUUCCAUGCAAAACGCAGUGAAGGCUGGGCUAGUCACUAUUGCGAGCCGCCAAGUUUAUAUUGAGGAAAAGAGUACCACAACAAGAGAAGCCGUGGCAAUUUCAAUGGAAGGGGUGGGUUCAGAAAUAAUGAUUUCAGGGGUGGUCGUGGCAAUUUCAGUGGCGGACGAGGAUACCCAAGAAAUAAUGAUUUUGGAAACCGUGGUGACUAUUCAGCACGACGUGGUGCAUCUAGAGGACGUGGCGAAGGCUACCAGCCAGUGGAGCAGAAUGGGAAUGUGAAAGUUGCAGGUGGUCGUCAAGGUGGGAUGAACCAGGCAACUGCUACGGCUUGAAUAUCUUGAUGCAAGGCAGCAAAGCGGGAGCUACACCACCCACUGAGGCAGAACUAUGUGCUGAAGUUUUAAAGAAAAAGCAAAGACGACGUCGUCCUAGGUCCAGUGUUUCUGUGAAGGCUCAUAGAAUUCAAGCUCAGGAUGAGCAAAUAUAAGCCCAGAAUGAGGUUAUCAGAAAGUUGAAAGAAGAUAGCGAAAAGGUCAUAAAAAACAUGCAGAAUAUGAUGAUACGUACUCUCGGGCUAAACAACAUUACCGCGAAUGGAACUGAAAGUUGAAUGCUGCACCACUAAGUCACAUCAAUGUUUUAGUAUAAUAUUUUUUUUAAACUGGUAGCAGUGAUUGUUUUUUUUUGUUUUGUUUGGAUCUUGUUUAAACAAUUUUAUUUUAAUGGCUAAUUAUUUUUUAUUCAA